CGUAAUUUCUUCUCGGCAUUUUGGCCAGUCAAACAAUCGACGGACAAAAGCCAGCCGCUUCGUGCUAGUAGCCAGCAGUAGUGAGAAUAUUUGGCGUUCCCUAUCGGAGCUUGAAAUUCGCGUUUUUUUUCGGUGUAAUUUGCUACAAUCAUUGACGGCAUUUGGAUAAAAAUUUAACGCUCGUUUCGGUGAUUAUUUUUGCGAUAUUCGUUUCAUCAAGCGGGUGCUCCAGUGUCUCGUCACGGAGACGCACCGGUUCCCUUAGCACGGCUUAAUGUCUAGUGGUGAAUUUUGUGACAGUUCCGCCGUCGAUCCCCCAGCCGCCAAAAAGCGGAAACUGCCUUCAUCGCCUUCGUCUUCGUCGUCAUCGUCGUUGUCGACUUCCUCCACCACUGCAGCAGCAGCAGCAGUAGUAGCCGGACAGCAGCAGCAACAACAACAUCAACUAGAAGAAGACUCAGUAGCAGUUGUAAUGGCGACGGCAAACAACAAUGGAUCGACUCCGUUUGAAGGUUCUGCUGGGCAGGAUAUUGACGAGGGACUCUACUCGCGGCAGCUCUACGUGCUGGGACACGAUGCUAUGCGAAGGAUGGCCCGUUCCGAUGUGCUUAUCUCGGGUCUCGGUGGAUUGGGUGUGGAAAUAGCGAAAAAUGUUAUCCUUGGUGGUGUAAAGUCUGUCACUUUGCAUGACAAAGCGCUUUGUUCGUUGGCGGAUCUGUCAUCGCAGUUCUACCUCACGGAGAAAGAUGUCGGAACAAACCGUGCGGAGGCCAGCUGUCGCCAAUUGGCCGAGUUAAACAAUUAUGUGCCUACUACUGCGUACACAGGAGAUCUCACCGAGGAGUUUCUCCGCCAGUUUCGCGUUGUGGUGCUUACUUUGACACCACUUGCGGAACAGCAUCGAAUUGCGGAGAUAACCCAUCGGCACAACAUUGCGCUUAUAACGGCCGAUACCAGAGGACUGUUUUCCCAAAUUUUCUGUGACUUUGGCGUCGAUUUUACCGUGUACGAUCCGACCGGAGCCAAUCCAGGCUCGGCGAUGGUAGCAAGCAUCACAAAUGAUGUGGACAGUAUUGUGACUUGCUUGGAUGAAAAUCGGCACGGAUUCGAGGAUGGCGAUUAUGUUACCUUUACCGAGGUGCAAGGUAUGACCGAACUGAAUGGAUGUGAACCGAUCAAGAUCAAAGUGUUGGGACCGUACACUUUCAGCAUCGGAGACACGACCAACAUGACCGCCUACAUUCGGGGCGGUAUCGUAACCCAAGUGAAGAUGCCUAGACAGAUGAAUUUCAAGCCACUGGCCGAGGCAGAGGAUGCUCCCGAGUUUGUUAUGUCGGAUUUCUCUAAGUGGGAUCACCCGCAGAAUACGCAGCUUGCGUUUACGGUUCUUAGUCGGUUUCAGGAGAAGAAUGGCCGAUUGCCACGUCCGUGGAACGUCGAAGAUGCCGCUGAGUUUGUUGAGCUAUGUAAAGAGCGCGCCAAGGAGAUGAAACUUGAUGAAAUCAACGAGGGUAUGCUGACUAAAUUCGCUAAAGUAUGCGCUGGAGAUCUUUGUCCGAUGAACGGCACUAUCGGUGGUAUAACCGCACAGGAAGUCAUGAAAGCUUGUACCGGCAAGUUUACACCCUUGUAUCAGUAUUUCUGUUUCGAUGCAUUGGAAUGUCUGGUAGAGGCUGACUUAAGUGAGGAAGAGUGUCAACCGCUGGGAUCUAGAUAUGAUGGACAAAUCGCCGUUUUCGGUCGCAAAUUUCAGGAAGUUCUGGCCAAGCUGAAGUACUUCAUCGUUGGAGCAGGUGCGAUCGGAUGUGAGCUGUUGAAAAACUUCGCUAUGAUUGGAGUGGCCUCCGGUGGUGCCGGGGAAAUAAUUGUGACCGAUAUGGAUCUGAUUGAGAAGAGCAAUCUCAAUCGACAGUUCUUGUUCCGGCCGCAUGAUGUUCAACAACCCAAAUCUCGAAUUGCUGCUGAAGCGGUGAAGCGUAUGAAUCCAAGCAUCAACGUAACUUCUCACGAAAAUCGUGUUGGCGUCGAAACGGAAAAGAUUUAUGAUGAUACAUUUUUCGAACGGUUGGAUGGAGUUGCAAAUGCUUUGGAUAACAUUGACGCUCGCAUUUACAUGGAUCGACGCUGUGUAUACUACAGGAAGCCGCUGCUAGAGUCGGGAACGUUGGGAACAAUGGGAAAUAUACAGGUAGUAGUUCCAUUCCUCACGGAAUCGUACAGCUCAUCCCAGGAUCCACCAGAAAAGUCAAUCCCGAUUUGCACACUGAAGAACUUCCCGAACGCGAUCGAACAUACUCUUCAGUGGGCCCGUGAUAUGUUUGAGGGUAUUUUCAAACAAUCAGCUUCCAGCGCGGCUCAAUACAUAUCUGAUCCGACAUUCAUUGAUCGUACCCUUAGACUAGCAGGAGUCCAACCCCUAGAGACACUCGAAUCGGUUAAGACCGCUCUAAUUGACGAGAGACCGAAGAGUAUCGAAGAUUGUGUCAAAUGGGCUCGAAUUCAUUUUCAGGAGCAGUAUUCUAACCAGAUUCGUCAAUUGUUGUUUAACUUCCCGCCUGAUCAGCAAACUACAACCGGAACCCCGUUCUGGUCUGGUCCGAAGCGUUGCCCGGAAGCAAUUACAUUUGACGUUCAGAAUCCUCUGCAUCUAGAUUAUAUAUAUGCGACAGCAAAUCUACGCGCCGAAGUGUUUGGAAUUCCACAACUCCGGGAUCGCGCCCGUAUAGCAAAUUUGGCCUCCCAAGUUCAGGUGCCAAACUUCACCCCUCGAUCCGGUGUGAAGAUUGCCAUUACUGAUGCUGCCCUCCAGGCGGAAGCAAACGGAGCCGGUGAGGAGCUGGACCAGGAUCGCAUUACUCGUCUGCAGAAGGAACUGGCUUCGUUGGGACGCUUGGAUUUCACCAUUACACCGCUCGAGUUUGAGAAGGACGACGACAACAAUUUACAUAUGGACUUUAUUGUGGCGGCUUCGAAUUUGCGUGCCGCUAACUAUAAAAUUCCUCCGGCAGAUCGACACAAGUCCAAACUUAUCGCGGGUAAGAUCAUCCCGGCGAUUGCUACUACGACUUCUCUUGUUGCCGGCUGCGUCUCGCUCGAGCUGUACAAGCUUGCUCAAGGCUUCAACACGCUUGAUCGUUUCAAGAACGGUUUCAUCAAUUUGGCGGUGCCAUUAUUCACCUUCUCGGAACCUAUUCCGGCCAAAAAGCAAACGUACUACGACAUAGACUGGACUCUGUGGGAUCGCUUCGAGGUUCAGGGUGAGCUAACACUAAAGGAGUUUUUAGAUUAUUUCGAGCGCGAGCAUAAGCUGCAGAUCACGAUGCUCUCACAAGGCGUUUGUAUGCUUUACGCAUUCUUCAUGGCUAAGGAUAAGAAGACCGAACGGCUUAGCCUGACCAUGUCUGAGGUAGUGCGACGUGUGUCGAAGAAGAGCAUUGAACCGCAUGUUCGCGCGCUUGUUUUUGAAAUAUGUUGCAAUGAUAACGACGGUAACGAUGUAGAAAUUCCUUAUGUGCGCUACGUUUUGCCCUAAAGUGUGAUAUCCCCUACAUAUUUGCACACUCACACACUCACACAUAAGUUAAGCGAUUGUUUUAAACACUAACACACUGAAACUUAUUCACAGAUGAUAGAGAAGCUAUUCGGAUGAUUGAAGGUAGAGAAAAUAAAAAUAAAAAGUGAUAGCUCGCUUAUCUGAAUGCUGUCCAGGAGAAAAUUACGAUGGUAUUUAUCUUAACUGUUUUGUUCCUUUUUUGAAACCAUGACCAUACCAUGGUUUUUUCUUGUUGUCAUUGUAGCUGGACUGUCACUGUCAAUACGAGUGAUAGCUUCGGAACAACAACAGAACACGCUUUUCAUGUUUAUUUUUUGUGCUAGAAAAUUGAAUGUUUUAGUUUUUGUGUACUUUUUCAGGUAUCAUACUUACAACAACUGCUCAAUCAGCAUUCGUUUAUAAUUGUGAUGCCAAUAAAUAUGGCUUAAUGCAAUGUAUUAAGAAUAACAUUUAGCGAAUAUUAUGAGCAGAUUUACUGUAGUAGAAUUUUAUUUCAUUCUUGGAUCACACUACACGUAUAUGCUCGUUACUUCCCUAGUACUAUACAAUAUAAUCCCAAGAGACAUUCAAAUACCGCUAACAAUUUUCUCGGUAGUUCUUGUUGUCGUUUCGCAUGAAAUCUUCAUGUUACUUUAGUAAAAUGACACCGGGUACUAUUUCUCGCCUUCCUUUUUUUCUUCUUUCUCUUCUAUUUUAUUGCGACAUUUUCUAGAACAUCUUCAUAGCGGGUUUCAAUUCAUAAUCACUUCCAUAUAUGAAAAAUAAUCAAAAAGGUAGGACACUUGACUACAAGAUUAAGAAAAGUAACAGUAAACCUUUCACUAAAUUAACUCUAGUGGCAGAGAUGUUUGUGAGAAGCAUUCGAAGAAGGAUUAGGUAUAGUAACAUUUAGGGUAACCCAAUUAUUGUGUUAAAACCACCCGAAAAGGGCGCACUGAUGAAAACGAGCAUUUUGAAUGCACUGCUGAUACUUCAAAAACGGAAGAAAAAACAAUGAAAAAAUAUUUUUUGUCGUAAAUUUAUUACAAAGGAAAAAAACAAUAGAAAACCAAAACCUGUCUAAGGGUACAUUAUUUUGAUUCAAUAAUGAAAUGGAUAACGAAACACAAGGAAGUUAAGGUGAAAACAAAUUUGUUUGAAAACGUAAAAUCAAUUUCUACUGAGCGAUGAGCACUAAUUGAAACAGCAACAGUUUUGGUGAUUAUUUCGCAUUCAAAGAAUGAAGCAACAGAAAGCAGGAUACGUAUUCUAUUGGGAAAUAAAUUAUGAGCAGGAACGAACUUGCAACAAUAACAA